AUGCUAAGAUCAGUAACUUCAAAAACCGUGUCCAAAGAGUUUAGGAGGACUUUGGCCACUGCACCUGCAACCCGCAAGGCCGAAGUAACUCAGUUAUCCAACGGAAUAGUCGUAGCAACUGAGCACAACCCUUCCGCUCAUUCUGCCUCUGUCGGUGUAGUCUUCGGUUCUGGUGCCGCUAACGAAAACCCUUACAAUAAUGGGGUUUCUAAUUUAUGGAAGAACACCUUUCUGUGCAAAGAGAAUUCCGCUAUGGCCGCCAGGGAAGGUUUGGCCUUGUCCUCCAGUGUCUCUAGAGACUUCCAAUCUUACAUCGUCUCUUCGCUACCAGGUUCCACCGCUAAGUCACUGGAUUUCUUGAACCAGUCUUUCAUUCAGCAAAGGGGCAAUCUGCUAUCUUCCCCUAACUUCGAGGCUACCAAAAAAUCCGUCUUGAAGCAAGCGCAAGAUUUUGAAGAAAACGAUCAUCCCAACAGAGUCCUAGAACAUCUACACUCCACCGCCUUCCAAAACACUCCAUUAUGUUUACCAACCAGGGGUACCUUGGAAUCGCUAAGAAAUUUGGUUGUUGCUGAUCUGGAAUCCUUCGCUCACAAUCACUUCUUGAAUUCAAACGCUGUGAUUGUCGGUACCGGGAACAUCAAACACGAGGACUUGGUGAACUCCAUCGAAUCCAAAAAUCUAGCUCUCCAAAAUGGUAACAAACCAGUACUCAAGAAAAAGGCCUCCUUCUUGGGUUCUGAGGUUAGAUUAAGGGACGAUACUUUGCCCAAGGCAUGGAUCUCCUUGGCCGUGGAAGGUGAAUCUGUCAAUUCCCCAGACUAUUUCGUGGCUAAAUUAGCCGCUCAAAUCUUCGGCUCCUAUAACGCCUUUGAACCGGCUUCCAGAUUGCAAGGUAUCAAAUUGUUAGAUAACAUACAAGAGUACCAAUUAUGUGACUCUUUCAAUCAUUUCUCCCUCUCUUACAAAGAUUCCGGUUUAUGGGGGUUCUCUACAGCCACCAGAAAUGUUACCAUGAUCGAUGACCUCAUUCACUUCACUUUGAAACAGUGGAACAGACUAACUAUUUCUGUCACCGAUACUGAGGUGGAACGUGCCAAGUCACUAUUGAAGUUACAGUUGGGAAAAUUAUAUGAAUCUGGUAACUUCGUCAGUGACGCUAACCUGUUAGGUGCAGAAGUCUUAGUCAAGGGCUCUAAAUUGUCUUUGAAUGAAGCUCACAAGAAAAUCGAUACUAUCACCGUUAAAGAUGUAAAAGCUUGGGCUAGCAAGAGACUAUGGGACCAAGAUAUCGCUAUUGCCGGUACCGGUCAAAUUGAGGGGUUAUUAGACUAUAUGAGAAUUAGAAGUGACAUGUCUAUGAUGAGAUGGUAA